AUGUCUAUUGAAAUCAAUUGGUCUUCACUACUCGAAGAUGGCGGCGACCAACUAUCUGAGUCUAUCAGGUUAUUUCUCGAUCAACGAUUUAAAGAAAUGUCUUUACCUUCUUACCUCAAGUCUAUCUCAGUCACUUCUUUUGACCUGGGCCGUGUUGCUCCAGAUAUUGUCAUACAACGUAUCAGCGAUCCAUUCCCUGAAUUUUAUGAAGAUGCUUCAGAAGAGGAAGAAGAAGAGGAAGAAGAAGAAGAAGAAGAAGAAGAAGAAGAAGAAGAACUUUUGGAAGAAUCUGAAGAAGCCAUUGGUGAUGACCGAAGGAAAGACGCACCUGAAGAUGGUACCACUUUAACAGAAGAUGAUCACGAUGAUAGUGGAAUUCUUGAAGGCGAUUUGCCAACAGAAACUGAUGCCUCUAUAAUUGGACCAGCAGGUUCAAGUCCUCAGAUUCAUCCUGUUGGAGCAGCAGCAGCAGCAGCAGCAGCAGCAGCAGGAAUACCGGCAAUUCAUACACCAAUACCAGCAACCCCCUUUGCAUCCUCUUUAUCAACCGUCGGCCCUCCAGCCUAUGAUGCAAACGGAAUUUUAUUACCUUCAGCAUCAGUCCCCACAACAUCUUUAAUUCAAUCUACUGGUUCUGAAGUUAUGCCCUCUAAUCCCGGCUCUAGUACUCCUCUCAACACUGAUGCAAUCCCACAGGGAAACAACACUCCAAUGACUCCUACACAUACACAAUAUGGUGGUGUACUACCUCCAACAUCAGGGCUUUACUCUCCAACUACCCUUCAGUAUAUUCGCGGAUUCCGCUCUCCAAUUUACUCAACUGUUAACAUGCAAUCACUUCUUUCACCCAUUGGGCCUCCUCAUAGUACCCCAGGACAAGCCUCCAGUGAUAUCACCAGCAAUAACCGAAUAUCUGAGUAUGCGGCAGCCAACCCGGCAGGUUCCGGGGGUGCAGCCUCGGACAUUCUCUCAACAAACGUUACAGCAGCAAAUACCCCGGCUUUUGGUCCGGCUCUAGGUCCACAUGGAUCAGUACCUACAUUUGCAUCAGCACCACCUACAUACCGCUCGGACUCAAGCACAACGAGUUGUAUCAAUACCCCAGGACUUCAAUUGACUUCUUCUUCUCCUGAGUCAAAUAUCCCUAAAUCACCAAUUUCUAUCCCCCCACAAGCUUCUGCAUCUUCUACAUCAUCUGCAUCCUCUUCAUCAGCAAAACGCGCAACACAUUUUUCGUCAUCUUCCACUGCUCCUUCACCAUCCUCUGCCCGUGAAAUGGAUGUUCAAUUGGAUCUUCAUAUCAUGUAUAAAGGCGAUAUUAAGGUUGGAAUUGAAACCACCCUGCUGCUCAAUUACCCCUCUCCAAAGUUUGUCUCAUUACCAUUAAAACUAACUAUGAGUGGACUAGAAAUCAAUUCACUUGCAGCUCUUGCAUACAUUGACCGUCGUAUUCAUUUUAGUUUUAUCUGUGAUGCAGAUGCAGAUGGUGAACCUGUGUCAUUGUCUGGGAAGGACCGUGUGGAAAUUAUCAAAGACAUUAAGAUCGAUUCCGAGAUUGGAGAUCGUGAAGGUAAUGGCCCUGUUCUUCGAAACGUGGGGAAAAUUGAGCGCUUUCUUCUUGAACGUCUUCGUCAUUUGGCUCGUGAUGAGCUUGCAUGGCCAGGCUGGAUUACAAUAGAGAUUUAA